AUGAAUGGUGAAACGAAGCAAAUAAAUCAAAACUUAAAAAAAGGAAAGGAUAAAAAUGAUGCUGAAGAACUUUCUGAAGAAGAUAAUCAAUUAAAAGCUAAUCUUAAUAUAUUAGUUGAAAGACUUAAAGAAUCUGAUAUUAGUUUACAUGGGCCUUCAUUGGAAUCGUUAAAAGUUUUUAUUCGAACAUCAACUAGUUCUAUGACCGCUGUACCCAAGCCUUUGAAAUUUUUGCGGCCACAUUUUUUUGAUCUUAUUCAAAUUUAUGAAACUUGGCCAGCAUCAGAACAAAAAGCUGUUUUUGCCGAUAUAUUAUCUGUUCUUGGUAUGACUUACGCUAAAGACGGGAAAAGAGAAUCUCUUAAAUAUUGUCUUUUGGGUAAGAAAAAUGAUAUAGGUUUUUGGGGGCAUGAAUAUGUUAGACAUUUAUCGGCAGAAAUUGGGGAAGAAUAUUCAAUAAGAAUUGAAAAUGAUUCUUCAACGGAUGAUCUUAUGGAUUUGGCAUUAAGGAUUGUUCCAUUUUUUCUUACUCAUAAUGCGGAGGCUGACGCUGUUGAUCUUCUUUUAGAAUUAGAAUCUAUUGAAAAACUACCUCCUUUUAUUGAUUCUAAUACAUAUGCUCGAGUAUGUUCAUAUAUGGUGAGUUGUGUUAAUCUUCUUGCACCUCCGGAUGAUGUUGCUUUUUUGAAAACUGCUCAUGCUAUAUAUAAAAGUCAGGGAAAAAUAGCACAAGCAUUGAUAUUGGCAAUACGUUUAGGGGAUUAUGAACUUAUCAAAAAUGAUUUUAAUAGCACAAGCGAUUUAAGUAUUAAAAAGCAAUUAGCAUAUUUGAUAGCUCGACAGCAGAUUUGGUUUGAAGAUGAUGAUGAAAGCAUAAAUGAAUGCUUGAGGAAUAGUCGUUUGAGUGAAUUAUUUAGAUUUGUUGCUAAGGAACUUAAUGUUUUCGAACCAAAAACUCCCGAUGAUAUAUAUAAAAGUCAUUUGGAGGUUCGAUCAUCUUCAUUAACUUCUGCUAUUGAUUCUACAAAACAAAAUCUUGCAAGCACAUUUGUUAACGCUUUUGUAAAUGUUGGAUUUGGUAAUGAUAAACUUGUUCUUUCUGAAGAUUGUAAUACUUCAUGGAUUUAUAAAAAUAAAGAUACUGGAAUGAUGUCUGCUGUAGCUUCAAUUGGAAUGAUCAUGUUAUGGGAUAUUGAAAUGGGACUUACACAAAUUGAUAAGUAUCUUUAUUCAUCCGAUGAAAAUAUUAAGGCAGGCGCGUUGCUAGGUAUUGGAUUAAUUAAUACUGGUGUUCAUGAUGAAUCUGAUCCAGCUUUGGCUUUACUUGGUGAAUACCUGGAAAAUAAGGAUACAAAAAUUAGAAUAAGUGCUAUCGUUGGUCUUGGUAUGGCAUAUGCUGGUUCUAAUAUGGAAGAUAUUAUGGAACUACUUCUUCCUUUUGUAAAUGAUACUGAAUUACACAUGGAAGUGUCUAGUUUAGCUGCUUUAUCACUUGGCAUGAUAUUUGUUGGAUCAUGUAAUGGAGACAUAACAUCGGCAAUUCUUCAAACGAUGAUGGAAAGAGAAAAUAAAUGUCUAGAAGAAAAAUGGGGAUGUUUUAUGUCAUUAGGAUUAGCGUUGUUGUAUGCUGGUAAGCAAGAUGCGUCAGAUGCAACUUUAGAAAUAUUGAAAGCUAUUAAUCAUCCUAUUGUACGGCAAGCAAGCGUCCUUGUUGAUAUUUUUUCAUAUGCAGGUACAGGUAAUGUUUUGAAAAUUCAAGGUCUUUUGCAUAUAUGCAGUAGUCAUUUAGAUACUGAUAAAGAAAAAAAUGAUUUGCAUCAAGGUUUUGCAGUAUUAGGAUUGGCUUUAAUUGCAAUGGGAGAGGAUAUAGGAGCAGAGAUGAUUCUUCGUCAAUUUGAUCAUUUAAUGUAUUAUGGCGAGCCUGUCAUUCGUAAAGCAGUUCCAUUGGCUUUAGGAUUACUUAGUGCAUCUAAUCCUCAAAUUAAAAUAUUUGAGACUCUUAGUAGAUAUUCACAUGAUACUGAUAUUGACGUUGCUAUUAAUGCUAUUUUUGCAAUGGGUUUAGUAGGAUCAGGCACGAAUAAUGCAAGACUGGCUCAGUUGCUUCGUCAAUUAUCUAGCUAUUAUUAUAAAACACCAAAUGCACUUUUUAUGGUUCGUGUAGCUCAAGGGCUUUUGCAUAUGGGAAAAGGGACAAUGACUCUUAGUCCAUAUCAUACUGAUCGACAAAUUAUGUCAUAUGUAUCAAUGUCCGGUUUAUUUACUGUAUUAGUUACUAUGAUGGACUCUAAGUCUUUUAUAUUGGAUACAUCCCAUUGGAUCUUAUAUUAUCUUACUAUGGCUAUACAUCCUCGUAUGCUUUUAACUGUUGAUGAGUCUGGUAAUUUUCAAAAAACAGUGGUUCGGCAAGGGACUGCCGUAGAUAUUGUCGGGCAGAUUGGACGGCCAAAAACUAUAACUGGGUUUCAAACUUUAGAGACACCAACUUUGCUUCAGCAUAGUGAUCGUGCAGAACUUGCAACUGAUGAAUAUAUAUCUCUUACACCUACACUUGAAUGGAUUGUUAUAUUGAGGAAAAAUCCAAAUUAUAUGGAAGAAGAUACAUAAUUACACAUAUAUAUAAUAUGAA